UGAACGUAGCAGGUUAAAGCCAUUCUCAUUUUUCCCCCAUUGCGAAGUGGUACAUUUUGUAUAGGAAGUAGUUCUGUCGGAUUGUGGCGAUUAGAGGGAGAGCGAGGAGACUGUUCCUGGGCUGUUAGAUAGAGGGAACAUGUGUGGAUGUGCAAUUUCAAACAGUUGAUCAUAGAGGAGAGCCUGAGAAAAAAUGAGGCUUGAAUAUUCCUCCAUCGACCAACUUAGUGCUCGGAUAUUUUUGCUGCUAUCGGCUCUAACAGUUUUGGUGCAGAACUCCGAGGCAGCGGCUUGUCAUGGGUGUGCAACGGCCUCAAAUUGUGACUGUAGUGGAGUCAAAGGUGAAAAGGGUGUGAGGGGUCUGCCAGGACUGGAAGGUCACAUGGGUUUACCUGGUUUCCCAGGGCCGGAGGGGCCACCUGGACCAAGAGGUCUAAAGGGUGACACUGGACCACCUGGGUUACCAGGACCUAAAGGAAUAAGGGGACCUCCAGGUCUUCCAGGCUUUCCCGGAACCCCUGGUGUCCCAGGGUUACCAGGUCAGGAUGGUCCUCCGGGUCCUCCAGGCAUCCCAGGUUGCAACGGAACAAAGGGCGAACGAGGAUUUUCAGGUGGUCCUGGUUUUCCUGGGUCACAGGGCCGUCCAGGUCCCCCUGGGCUUCCAGGCCAAAAGGGUGAACCAGGUGAGGUGCUGUCACCGCAGGUUUUUGGGUACAAAGGAGAUCCAGGAUUGCCCGGUGUCCCUGGUUUACCAGGUCCCCAGGGCCCAGUGGGAGCUCCAGGUAAUCCUGGUCCUGUUGGUCCAGCCGGUCAGCCGGGUAAUCCGGGCCCUCCUGGUCCACCUGGUCCAAAGGGGAACAUGGGCUUGAAUUUCCAAGGACCUAAAGGGGAGAAGGGUGAUCCAGGUCUUCAAGGUCCCCCAGGUCCCCCGGGUCAGUUGGAACAGCUGAAUUCCCCUGGCGUCGAUUUUCAGAAAGGAGAAAAGGGUGAGAUGGGACCACCUGGUGAUCCUGGAGAGAUUGGCUUUCCUGGCCCUCCUGGCCCUCCUGGCUUUGGCAGCAAAGGCGAGAAGGGUGAGCCAGGAGAUAACGGAAAGAGAGGUAAACCAGGAAAAGAUGGAGAGCCAGGUGGCCCUGGAUUUGAUGGUCUCCCAGGGGAUCCAGGUCAAUCAGGAAUUCCAGGUAGAGAUGGACCCAAGGGUCAGAAAGGAGAACGAGGUUUCCCUGGUCCACCGGGCAUUACAUUUCCACGACCAGGUGUUACAGGUGGACAAAAAGGUGAUCCAGGGUUUCCAGGCUCUCCUGGAGAAAAAGGAGAUCGAGGUCCCCCAGGACUUCCAGGAGUACAAGGACCACCAGGUGCUGCAGGUCAGUCCAGUCCGGGACCACCAGGCACCCCGGGUUUCCCAGGUGAAAGAGGUCAGAAAGGGGACAAAGGCGUUCCUGGAUUUGCACUGCCAGGUCCACAAGGAGCAAUUGGUCGCCCAGGCCCCAGUGGUCCUCCAGGGCCUCCCGGUCAACCAGGGCAUUCAGUUCCUGGCGUUGGGUUGCAAUGUCAGCCAGGGCAGCCAGGAUUACCAGGGUCACCAGGAGCACCUGGCUUCCCCGGAGAGAGAGGACUGAAAGGGGAUAAGGGAGACACAUGCUUUAACUGUUUUGGUACUGGCAAUGGAGCUACUGGUCUACCAGGACCUCCUGGACCACAUGGACUUCCAGGUCAACCAGGAUUGCCAGGAAUGAAAGGAGAUCGUGGACUACCUGGUCCGAUUGGAACUUUGGGACCGCCUGGUUUGCCAGGCCCUCCUGGUAUUCCAGGAGCCCGUGGCCCGAAAGGUGACCGUGGAGAUGGCUUCGGCUUUCCAGGCUCAAAAGGUGAUCGAGGGAGCCCUGGUUUCCCAGGACCUCCAGGACUUCCAGGAUUAGAUGGCACACCAGGAAGAAAUGGUCUGCCUGGACCACCUGGUCCUAAAGGAUUACCUGGUGGGUUGGCCCUCAAAGGUUCAAUUGGACCCCCUGGAGAUCCAGGCCCCAUCGGAUUUCCAGGAGAGAGAGGUCCCCCGGGACCACCAGGAUUUGGUCCACCCGGUUAUCCAGGGGAGAAAGGUGCUCAAGGUGUAUCAGGCCGUCCCGGAGCCCCUGGAGCUCCAGGUGCUAAAGGUGAUCCAGGUCAAACAGUCUCUGAGCCUGGCCCAAGAGGUGCUCCUGGGCUCCCGGGUGAACCUGGGCUGGCAGGUCGCCCAGGUGACCCAGGCCAACCAGGGCAACCUGGUUUACCAGGACUUCAGGGACCAAAAGGGGAUAGGGGAGUGCCAGGCAUUGGAUUCCCUGGUCCAUCAGGCCCAAAAGGUUUGCCAGGAUUACCAGGAUCACCAGGUGCUCCAGGAGGUCCAGGAAGACCAGGCCGUGAUGGGAAUCUAGGUCAACCAGGAAUCCCGGGACCAAAGGGAGAUCCUGGCUUUGGGCUUCCAGGACCACCGGGUCCACCUGGUCCACAGGGGAUCAAUGGGCUGCCAGGUCCUAAAGGUGAUCCAGGAAAUCCUGGAUUACCAGGCCAACCAGGGAGACCAGGAUUAGAUGGCACAUUUGGAUCGAAAGGUGAUCCAGGUUUUACUGGCCCUCCAGGUCCUCCUGGAGCAGUAGGACCCCCUGGAAUAGGUGGACGAGGCAUCCCAGGUCCACAAGGCCCACCUGGGCUUCCAGGUCAACCAGGAUUGCCAGGUCGUAUUGGUGAAAAGGGAGAUCCUGGUCCCCCAGGGCUAGAUAUCCCAGGCCCUCCUGGUGAGAAAGGAAACACAGGAUUCCCAGGCAGUCCAGGUCCAGUUGGCUCUCCAGGAAUACCUGGUCAACCAGCAAGGGAUGGGUUACCAGGUCCACCAGGUCCUAAAGGUGAAAUGGGUGUCAUGGGAACGCCAGGUCCUCCGGGUUCUCCUGGUCUUCCAGGUGCUCCAGGUUUUAUCGGUCCAAAAGGUAAUGAGGGUAUCCCAGGUAGAUCUGGAAACCCAGGCGGACCUGGCAUUAAAGGUGACAAAGGUGACCCUGGCCCUCCAGGUGCCCCAGGAACAAUUGACCCAGGCCAGAUCUUUGCAGGACAGAAAGGAGAGCGGGGUAUCCCAGGUCCACCAGGUCUUCCAGGCGCAAAGGGUUUCACAGGAUUAUCUGGUGACCCAGGAGCACCAGGACAAGAUGGUUUACCAGGAUUGCCAGGAGGUCCGGGGAUCAAAGGAGACCCGGGGUACCCAGGACAACCAGGAUCUCCGGGUCUACCAGGACCAAAAGGAUCAAUGGGUGAAAUGGGUCUUCCAGGUCCACCAGGUAGUAAAGGUACUCCAGGAAGUCCUGGUCGUCCAGGUCAGCCAGGUACUCCAGGUGGUCCAGGCUUAAAGGGUGAAAAAGGUGAUUCAGGUAUUCCAGAACUAGGGUCCCCAGGCCCUCCUGGUCAAAAGGGUGAACCAGGUGCUCCUGGUUUCCCAGGUAAUCCUGGAGGUAAGGGUGUUCCAGGUGGCACUGGUCUUCCUGGAUUGCCUGGUGCACCUGGUCCUAAAGGUGAUUCUGGCCAACCAGGAUUCCCAGGUACACCUGGAAUUCCUGGUCCCAAGGGAAUUGAUGGCUUCCCAGGUCCUCCUGGCCUUAUUGGACCACCUGGUCCACCAGGUGAGCCAAGUCUUCCUGGAAUUCCAGGUUCUCCAGGAGAGAAAGGACAACCAGGCCGAGAUGGUAUUCCAGGCCGAGCUGGUCUGAAGGGAGAUCCAGGUCCUCCAGGCCUAGGACGCCCAGGAGCCCCUGGUCCUCCAGGAAUUCCAGGACCAAAAGGAGAUCCAGGUGUUCCAGGUAGUCCAGGAGGUCCAGGACCUCCAGGUCUUAAAGGUGAUCCUGGAUUCCCAGGAUUCACAGGUCAGCAAGGCCCACCAGGUCCCCCUGGCCCACCAGGACGACCAUUGGAAGGCCCAAAAGGUUCACCCGGAUCUCCAGGACAGCCUGGAAGAACAGGUCCACAAGGUUCAAUGGGUCCCCGAGGCCCACCAGGAUUUGGUGGUAUCAAAGGAGAAAAAGGCAAUCCUGGUCUUCCAGGACCACCAGGGUUCUCUGGCCUAAAAGGGGAAAUUGGACCACCAGGACUUCCAGGUAGCCCAGGACAACCAGGCUUCACAGGGCUGAAAGGCGACCCAGGUUCAACAGGCCUGCCAGGCUUUCCAGGAAUGAAAGGAUCUCCUGGAUCUCCCGGUCCUAAGGGUUUGCCGGGUGAUUUAGGCCCACCUGGCCCUCGAGGUCUACCUGGUCCACCUGGACCACAAGUACCAGCUCGAAUUGUCAAAGGAGAACGGGGUUACCCAGGACCACCAGGUCAGCCUGGCACUAAAGGAUUACCUGGUCCAAUUGGUCUGCCAGGGCCUCCAGGUCCAGCAGGACCCCCUGGUGACCCAGGUCAAGAUGGAAUUCCUGGGUUUAAUGGACCAAGUGGACUAAAGGGAGAAAGAGGCUUUCCAGGGGAUACGGGUGACAGAGGUUUUCCAGGCCCACCUGGUCCAGAUGGGACUCCUGGAGUGCCAGGCCUUCCUGGAUCUCCUUCUGUAGCUCAUGGAUUCUUGGUUACCCGACACAGUCAGUCAACAGACGUGCCACGAUGUCCUCCUGGAACAUUAACCAUCUAUGAUGGGUACUCUCUGCUUUAUGUACAAGGGAAUGAAAGAGCACAUGGUCAAGAUUUGGGAACUGCUGGGAGCUGUCUGCGGCGUUUCAGUACAAUGCCAUUUAUGUUCUGUAACAUCAACAACGUCUGUAACUUUGCCUCAAGGAAUGACUACUCCUACUGGCUCUCAACGCCUCAGCCAAUGCCAAUGAGCAUGGCCCCAGUAAAUGGGGAAAACAUCCGAUCCUUCAUUAGCAGGUGCAGUGUGUGUGAAGCCCCAGCAUUAGUAAUAGCCAUUCACAGUCAGACUAUUCAGAUCCCGCAAUGUCCGGAGGGAUGGAGCUCACUGUGGAUUGGAUACUCUUUCAUGAUGCACACCAGUGCUGGUGCUGAAGGAUCAGGCCAAGCUUUAGCUUCUCCUGGUUCCUGCCUGGAGGAAUUCCGAUCUGCACCAUUCAUCGAAUGCCACGGUCGAGGCACGUGCAACUAUUAUGCCAACUCGUACAGUUUCUGGCUCGCCACAGUUGAAACAGUGGAGAUGUUCAGUAAACCGCAGCCCGAGACUCUAAAAGCGGGUGAACUCCGAACACGUGUGAGCCGCUGUCAAGUAUGUAUGAAAAGGACGUAAUGCAUUGGCUUCCGACAUUGAGACAACAAGAGAAAUCGGCUGAGAAGAAAAUAUCCAGCUCAAUAAGUAAAAACUGUAGGGCGCUCUGUCUUCCAUUUACAAUGGUGCUACUGUGCGAAGCAAAAACAAACACAAAAAAAAACAAAAAAUAACUGUUCAUACAUAACAUUUGUACGUACCUCAUGUAAAGAGUAAUCAGUGCAUUUUGGAAAGGAACAAGCGAGAAACUGCAGUGUUGUGGAAUGAGAAACAGUGGUGCUCCUGUUCUUCUGAUUAUGAGUGGGAAGAGGUGACCCCCCGAAAUGGCACUUUCUUCAAUUUAAGAGUAAUGCACUGAAAACAUUACAACAACAAGACUGCUUACACCAACAUUAUAUUUCUGUUUGUUUUUGAAAGCAACUUUUUCUCAUGGUGCUACUAACCAACUACUGCAUCCAGGUUCUUAAAUAUUAAUAAUUAAUAAUCAACCUGUUAUUUCCUUGAUUUUUUUGUAAGUACUGAAAAAUGUGUAUAUGAUGUAUCCAGGCUUUAAUCACUUGAAGAAUUUCAGCAUCACAGUUAUCACCAAUUUGUGCUUCACAUAUUACCAGCUCAAUUAGCAUUUUUACAUAUUUUUGUUAAAAGUAACAGAAUUGUGGAAAAAUGCAGUAUUUUAUAUUGGAUUCACUUUACGAGAUUUCCCACUUUACUAUCAAACUACUGAUUUUUUUUUGCUUUUUAAAGACAAUUUGAAAAUUAUCCUUCCUCCCACCCCUUUGUCCUUUUCAAACAUUAUGGGCUGCAGAUUUCAGUUAAUAAAUUUUUUUUGGAAAUUGUAAAAAGUUGUAUUUGUAGUUAUGAUCAGGGUUUUUAAUAUGAAAAAAAUAUACACUGUGCUACAUAAUUACAGCUUUUCUAAAGGGCCUUUAAAUGUUAAAUAUACUUUUUUGUAUUGUCUGAAAUUAUGUAAAAUGAUUAGCCAUAAAAAGUGCCUGUGAAGAGAGACUAAACUGUGUUUAUAAACCAUUUGCAUUCAAAUCGUACCCUGACUCUAUGCUAGCUUUCUGCCUUCCUUCUAGCAUUGUUACCGUACAGCAAACACAAAAAGGUUACCAAAGGUUCUUUUAUUUUACUUCAGCAAAGAUAUGUCUCUCUCCAAAAGUGUUCUUUCUUGUAUAUUAUCCAGGACAGUUCCAAACAACUUUAUAAAACAAAAAAUACAAAGGAAAAAACACAUCUGAAAUAAAGGAAACACUGACUUAAA